CCGGAGAUGUAAAGGUUAAAAUUGCAAAUGCGCUCACAGAUGGAAUUACGAUGACCGUACAGACAAGCGUUGUCUAUGUAAAUCUAUGGACAGAGACACACCUGGGAAAUGGGAAGAAUUUGAUCGUUGGUGAAGAGACUAUUCGACGACAGAAACAGAAUUUACAGGAGCCGGAAAUAAAUACUUUUCCCAGAAUGACUUCAUUCCUAAUUGGGAUUUUAGGCGCUUCGGUGUGUUUUAUGUUUAUACUGGGCCGGGCGGAGGCCCAAGCAUCAGGGGGACAAUGUUUGGACAAAUUCAAAAACGGAAAAGAAGAUUUCAUUCUCGACACCGAUGACUCGGUGAAAGACGGCGCAACUUUCCUGUCUUCACCUAAGGUUGAGCGCGUCAACGACUGUAUAAGUAACUGCUGCAAAGAACCGAAGUGUAAUGUCGCUUUCAUGGAAAAUGGGCAGAGCGAGGGCAUGAUCAAGUCAUGUUUUCUCUUUGACUGUUUAUACAAGCAACAGUACGUCUGCCGAUUUGUUGGGAAGAAAGGAUUCCUAAACUACAUCCUAGACUCAGUGUACGAAAAUGGUCUGGCACCAAAAUUCAUCCCAGAGGAAGUGGACCAUCCUCCAGAGGCCAAUGGCGGUCCGGACAGAGUUGUGCAACCACAUGAGAGUUUGACCCUGAACGGUAUUGAAAGCAAAGAUGACCAUGGGAUUGUCACAUACCAGUGGAAUCUAAUGUCUGGAAAUCCCUCUGCUGUACUAGAGAAAACUGCUUUUAAAGACCAAGUGACUGUGUCCAACCUGUUGCCUGGUGUGUACAAGUUCCAGCUGACCGUCACGGACACCAGCGGGCAGUCCGACCAAACCCAGAUCACUGUCCUGGUCCUCACUCCUGAACAGUCUGAGAAUCACUGUCUAGUCCCCAAAAAGAUCGGUCCCUGCCGUGGGUCCUUCCCCCGCUGGCACUACAACGCUGCCUCAGAGAAGUGUGAGGAGUUUACGUUCGGGGGCUGCAGAGAGAACCUCAACAACUAUCUUUCCCUCCAGGAGUGUACAAAUGCCUGUGAUGGAGUGUCAGUUAUGUCCCACCCGCAUGGUAAUGGCAGUAGGAAACUUGGGCCACCUCAGAAAUCUACAGAGGUGUGUGGGGCUCCCUGUGAGGCGGACAAGUUCACCUGCACCAACAAGUGUUGCAUUGACAAAGCCCUGGAGUGUGACUCCGAGAACCAGUGCAGCGACGGUUCUGACGAGAAGGACUGUAAGGACUUGAAGGACAAUUUCGGAAUACUACUCAACCUUCCCGUGAAUGAGCAGAAAGUUCGCUGCACAGAUCAUCCUAAAACGGGGAGCUGUCGGGAAAGUUAUACCAAGUGGUACUACAACCCCCUCCACAAAAAGUGCUUCCGUUUUAACUAUGGUGGCUGUGAUGGGAAUAAGAACAGAUUUGACACUGAGGACGAUUGCAUGCUUACUUGUAAACUGGUAACAGGAGAUGAUGUCUUUUCAAGAAAAGAAACCUUUGAAUACCAGGGCUCCGAAAACCAGACAGGCAUCAUGGUGAUAGCUGCACUCUUAGGCCUGGCCAUUGUCAUACUACUGGUAGUUUUGUGUUACUGCUUCAUGAAGCGCCGGAAGGAACUGCCGUCGCGCCAGCGGGCACCAGUCAAUGGCUCCCAGCUCUACACCAAGGUGGACUCGGAUCGACUGGUCUACAACACCACCACCAAGCCCAUUUAACUCCUAAACCCCUGCAGGCUGCCUAAGUGCCAGCCGUCAUUGUUACAUGAACUCCUCGCGUUAAAUGAGUCUGUACAUAUUUUCAUUUAGUGUGUUAACCUUGGGUGGAAGGGUUGUGCAGGAGGGUGGUCGGUUUUAUUUUCCACAAAUACAGGCUCGUUUGCUUCAUCUGGUUGAUGUUAUAAUGUUGUAAUUAUGUAUAUUAUGUCAUUGUUUUAUUACAGAUUAACCCUACUCAGGAAGGCAUGAGUGGCAGCAAUUCUUUAUAAUACAGUUCUGUUACUUCUAGACUUUUUUUUUUUUUUUUUUUUUUAUGUAACUGGAUCAACUUGGUGAGCAAAUCUGCACUCAGGGUAUAAUGGUCCAAUGUUUAAAAUAAAUUAUUUUAAACGGAUAGAAUAAUGAAAGCUAAAAACCUGCCGUUAUUGCUUACUAAGUUGAUUUGUUUUACUGUUCCCAUCCGUUUUACGGUGAGAAUUGGAGGGGGAUCAACGCCAGUGUGAAAAUGAAAUGCUUACAUGCUAAAUUCAAAAUGCUAACAUGCUCAAUUCAGAAUGUGUGUAUUAAAUUGAAAUGCUAGAUUAUAAAAUCUUUAUUAUAAUAGUGCACAUGACCCAAUACAAAAUGUCAUUUAUAUAAAUUCUCUGCGUAGGCUCUUUAAUUUCAGUGUUCUUUGUCUUUUUAAUUUCAAUGUCUAUGUUUCCUGUCUUUUGGAGGCAUGGACCUAAAGUGCCACACAACAAUAUUGUGUAGCAAAAGUGAAUAAUAUAUUAGGCAUAAGCCUUUAUGGUGGUCUGUAAUUAAUACUUAUAUAUAGUAGUCUGAAUAAGGUUUUUGCUGAUCAAAUCCUCUUCUCAAGAGUGUAAGUAGGGUAACAUCCCAGGUUAAAGCUGGAGGAUACAGUAGCAGUUUUUGAUGGCCUUAAUUGAAAAGAUCCAUGCAUAUACAAAUUGAAGCCACAUUCCUCCAGUCUUCGCGACAUUAGUGAUAUGGUAGUGGCCCUGGCUGUGCUCCUAUUGGCAAAAUAACUAACCAGGGAAAAUUCAGUCUUAAAAAUGAAGAAUAAUUAUGUCCUAACUGAUAUCAAUGAUAAAUUACAGAGCAGUUAUCAUGACUACAUUUUAAUUAAAAAAAGAAUUUUGCUACACUAUAAAUGUGAAAUUAAUGUGAAAUUAAAAGGAGAAUAAAUAGGGAAAUACAAGGUGCUAAACAUUUUAUUUACACUUUGACUUAAUUUGUGUCAUGAUUCAAGCCUAAAGCAUUUAUGUUUUGCAUUUCAAUGUAGCAUAAUGUACGAGCAUUUAAUUCUCAAACUGGGAUGGAUCCCCCUAUAAAUGUUGGAAAGAUAUUGUGUACCACUGAUAUGUUAUCUUUGAUGGUAGAGCUUCGAGCACGUUACUUCACUUGUUUAGUUUAUUUUCUGAUGAUUAAAACUGGUAUUUUAGAAGGAAACCGAAGACGGGAAAUAGUAUUUUUGUUCCUUGUCAUGCAUUAUGUGAAAUUAUAAACCGGAUGCUUUGAAACCUGAAUUCUGAUUGGUUAAUACCCUUGGUAUAUGAGAUAUUGUAUACUGGUUGCUUUGAAUACUGAAUGCUCAUGGUAAAGGAGACUGUAUGCCACGUGUAUGACAUCACACCAAUUUUUAUUGAUGUAACUGUAUUGGAAACCAGUUUAUAAUCACAAUAAGGCACGUCAGGGCUUUGUGGUAUACUGCCAAUAUACAUUGGCUUGGCGCUGUGUCCAGCCACUUGGCGGUGCGUUAUGCAUAAACACAGCGCUUAGCUGUUGUAUAUUGGACAAAUACCACGCCCCCUAGUGCUUAAGUGUACCAUGUGUAUGACAGCCCAUCAUGUGUUACUCUAAUGGCAUUGGAAACCAGCUUAUAAUCACAAUAAGGCAUCUCGGGGUUUGUGAUAUUUUGCCAAUAUACUACGGCUAUACCAUAACCAUAUCCCAUACCCACUUGUGCCUUAUUGCAUAAAUAUACUUUUAAAGUGUCAUUUAUUUUUUUAUGAGCACCUUUGUGUAUAGUACUCUUUACUGUUAGGUCUCAAAUCCUAAAUAAAAGUAUGCUUUCCAUAAA